AUGGCAAACGAUCGAACGACAUGGAGCGUCGUGUUGAUUGCACUGUCCAUUAUAUGCAUGGGCAUAUCGACACUCUUAUUUGUUGGCUACAAGACAAUCAAGCAUGGCGCACCCAUUGUCUCGAGAGUACUGAAUGGAUUGAACAGCAUACUCUGGCCUGUUGCCAGGGGACUUUCAAGGACCCGGAUCGUGGGCCCCGUCAUUUCGGCCUGUAUUCGAUCCACCUUUUUCAUAUGGUUCAUGGUCCUUCUCAUGAGCGACCACGGGAUUCGCUGGGUCCUGCGUCUGUUUGUGAACCGUCAUGCAAGCGGCCAUAACUUUUCGGUCAUUAAUGCAAUGAAUACAUCCUUUGACCUGUUUGACGAAACCAUUCCGGCGACUAAGGAUUUACAGGACAGCAAGUUGUUUCAACGUCGUAAAUCGGAAGCAGGCGCCGGUCGCUUAUUUCAACGUCCUCGUUAUUCGCUUCCCUUGGCUUAUACCUUGUGUGUAGCAUCCAAAUUGGUUUAUGAGGAUGUUGCGGUCAUUCGAUACGAGCUGGAAAGAGCUGGAUUUGAUGUAGUCAAAUCAUUUCGGCCGAUCGCCUAUCAGAAUAUUUGCGCGUUUAUUGUCGAAAAGGAUAACGACAUCUUGCUUGUGUUUCGAGGGACCAAUCCACUAAAUAUUCAAAAUUACAUCACCAACGUCAACACUGGUUUGUGUGACGUACGAGGACGGAGCGGAUCAAAUAUGGGCAAAGUACACAAAGGGUUUUGGAAAGCCAUGGGCGACCCGCCUGUACGACAAGUGCACCAUCCACAACACAUAGAAUCCCAUGGCAACAACAACAAUAACAAUAACGGUGGUUCCAAUCCCACCGAAGCAUCUUCUUCUGAUUCCCGCGUCCAAAUUGUGCUCAACAACACGUCACUGUAUCGCACCAUUGCUUCUGCAGUCCAUGCAGUUGUUCAGGUCCUACAGUUCUUGACUCUGAAUCUGUUUCAUUAUGUCUCUGACCCAGUGGAUACCAGUUGGACAGGUCCCGACGUGGAUGUUAGAACCAAUACCAUGUUUGCCCAAGCUGAGAAGCAUAUCUUGGACUUGAUGACGAAGCAUAAUCAUAGAAAGGAGGUUGAUGAUGACGAUACUACAAAACAUCAUCUUCCUGCUCGACGGCUAUUUAUCACGGGUCAUUCGCUUGGUGGUGCUCUUGGAACCAUCUUUCUGGCAAAAAUGGUACAAUCCAAGAGCCCAUGCUUGGAGCAUUUUGGAGGAUUGUAUACGUUCGGGCAACCCAAAAUAGGUGAUGCGGACUUUGCACGGUCGUUUGAUACGCACAUGUCGAACAAGAUUUUUCAUCAUGCAUACAAUAACGAUGUUGUAACUCGGAUACCACUCUGGGCUCCUUACGACACUCCUCCGGGCACACUCGUAUAUAUCAGCUCCGAUUACGACAUUACAUUGUACCCGCCUGAUCCACUUACCGGUCGUCCAGUACCUAUACGCCGGAUUUCAUUUCUUCAUUUAUCAGGUGUAUUGAAUCGCUAUGUAAUACGUCGGAUGGUGCACGAGAACACGAUCCGUAUUUUGUUCCGAUUCGUCUUUCCAUUUUUCCUCAAUGACCACUUUCCGUCCGACUACUGUAGCGCGCUACGACACGGCACUACGAGAUGGGUUGUCAUGGGCACGGCUGGCCUACAAGGUGGUGAGGAGGAAGAAGAAGAAGGAGGCGGCUAUGGUACUAGUAAAUACCCCAAUCAGUCUACCACUAGAAGAGCUAGUACCAGUAGUAGCGCUACCACCGCUGCUACAGCAGCUUUUGCAAAUGGUAGUGCUAGUAGCAACAUUUAUUCGCAUCGUAGUUCCGUUGCCAGUGGCGAUUUCCAUCAACAACAGCAGCAGCAGCAGCAGCAGCCCGAUAUUGUGACACUGCAGAAUCAUGACGAUGUAGAGCCGACUGGGAACGAGAAGCGUCAAAGCUUCUAG